UACCGCUUAGCACUUCGUCUCUCUCGCUCCCGCUCUCGCACCCGCACUCCGCGCCAUGGGCAAGAACAACAACAAGCGCAACAAGAAGGCGAAGCAACCGAAUGGAUCUGCAUCUGGAUGCACUGCCUCCUCGGGCGAGGAUGUGGACGUGGACCAGCAGGCGGCCAGGUCGCUGCCCACCCUGAACCCCAAGAAGCGCAACCAAGUCAAUAAGCUGGUGGAGGAGCUGCUCGAACUGGUGGAGAAGCAGCCGGCGAAUCCCAACGAGGAGUGGCGCCAGUACGAGCAGCUGCAGCAGCUGCUCAAGCAGCUGAUGAUCCUGGAGGAGCCGCUCAGCCAGGCGGUCUGUCCGCCGAUCAGUGACUCCGCCUCCGACUCCCCCGAGGAUCAGAGCCGCCUGGCCAAAGUAGAGGCCUUCGCCGAGUGGGCCGCGCAAGGCGGCGUCCACAGCGAGGGCCUGGAGAUAGCCAUCUUCCCGGGCUACCAGCUGGGCCUGCGCGCCACCCGCCCGCUGGCGGCGGAGGAGCUGGUGCUCAGCGUGCCCCGCCAGCUGAUCUUCUCCGAGGAGAGCGACUCCGACUGCCGGCUCUUUGGCAACAUGCCGCAGGCCACCCACUUGAACCUGGCCUACGACCUGCUCAUCGAGAAGAUCCGCGGCCCCUUCAGCCAGUGGCGCCCCUACAUCGACGUCCUGCCCGCCAAAUACAACACGGUGCUCUACUUCAGCGCCAAGCAGAUGGAGCGCCUCCGCGGCACCGCCGCCUGCUCCCUGGCCCUGCGCCAGUGCCGCGUCAUCGCCAAGCAGUUCGGGUUCCUCUACCGCUACGCCCACAUCCUCACCGAGCGGAGCAGGGGCCUCAGGAGCCUGCCCGGCGACAGGGGCCUCUUCUUCACGCAGCACGGACUCUGCUACAAGCUCUACAGAUGGGCCGUUUCCACGGUGAUGACCCGCCAGAAUCUGGUGCCCAGCGAAAAACAGGAAACGGCUGACAAUCCAAAGUUCAUUUCGGCCCUGAUUCCCUACUGGGAUAUGGCGAACCACCGGCCGGGGAAGAUCACCUCCUUUUACGGCGCCGUCUCCAGGCAACUGGAGUGCACCGCCCAGGAAGCCUGUGCCGCCGGAGAGCAGUUCUUCAUCUACUACGGCGAUCGAUCGAACACCGAUCUUCUGGUGCACAACGGCUUUGUGGACGUGAACAACCUGAAGGACUAUGUGAAUAUUCGCGUGGGUCUCAGUCCUACGGACGCACUGGCCGCCAAGAGGGCCAGCAUUCUGGACAAGCUGAACAUCCGGCACACGGCGGAGCUGCGCGUGCUGCCGGCACCGGAGUUUAUCUCCAAGGAGCUGCUGGCCUUCGUCCGGGUGUUCAAGAUGAGCGCCGAGCAGCUGGACCACUGGUGCAGCGACCUGGAGCGAGCAGGCGACCUGCUGCACAUCGACUGCGCCUUGGAGACGGAUCACGAGACGCGCACCUGGCAGUUCCUGGAGGACCGAUUGAAGCUGCUGCUGGCGGUCUUCGAUAAGGAGCUGCGGGAGGCCGACGAGGCGAAGGAGCUGGCGGAGCUGGAGAUCAAGGAGGGCGGCGGCGGCAGCAAGCCCGGCCAGGAGAUCGAGCUCAUGCUGCUGCUGUACCGCCGCCUGGAGAGGAGCAUCCUCGCCGGCGCACUGCAGUACGCCCAGGAGCAUCGCAAGGUCUAGGGAUUACGGAGCACCAUUUUCACCCUCACACAAUUCGAGUGGCCAUCGAAGGAUCGACAUCAGCAAAUCAGAACUCUGAACUCAGUCUAGCAUUAGCAAUUAGCUAUCUUUUUUUUUUCUACCAUUACUUAACUUAUUUUAACCGAAAGUUUUAGUCGAGUGCUUCUGGAGAUUGGAUACAUGGAAACCAAAUUAAUGAAUAGUUUGUACAACGAUCGACUGUUGAAUAUGAGCGGAAUAUUCGAAAUAUUCUACGCGAUUUUACACUCGUCCUCGUCAAGUGUUGUCUGCGCAUUGUAGUUUAUAGCGUUUAAUUGUUUUAUGUUUGUUUAUUUUUUUUAAUUUUAAUAAUAACCAUUUUUAGUAUUUUUGAAUUAAACAUGAAGUCAAACGCAA